GUGCUAUACUUGGCAGAUCAGAAACUCAGGAGUGUAUUUUCUAUAAUGCUAAUUGGGAAAGAGAUCGAACCAAUCGAACUGGUGUUGAGCCCUGUUAUGGUGACAAAGAUAAACGGCGACAUUGUUUUGCUACCUGGAAGAAUAUUUCUGGUUCCAUUGAAAUAGUGAAGCAAGGUUGUUGGCUGGAUGAUAUUAACUGUUAUGACAGGACUGAUUGUAUAGAAAAGAAGGACAGUCCUGAAGUUUAUUUUUGUUGCUGUGAAGGCAAUAUGUGUAAUGAAAGGUUUUCUUAUUUUCCGGAGAUGGAAGUCACACAGCCUACUUCGAAUCCAGUUACACCUAAGCCACCAUAUUACAACAUCUUGUUGUAUUCCUUGGUGCCACUUAUGUUAAUUGCGGGGAUUGUCAUUUGUGCAUUUUGGGUGUACAGGCAUCACAAGAUGGCGUAUCCUCCUGUACUUGUUCCAACACAA